CGAAAGUAGCUAACCAGCGAUUGGGCAAGGAGGAGUGAAUCUCGUUGCCGGAGGGAGUGAAGGCAGUGCUUAAGCAGCAGGCGACAGAGGCACGACGGGCGCGAGGUCAGCGUAGUUUGAGCCUUGAAGCAGCCAUUCAGUCUCGUCUUUUCUCGUUGACAGGCCAGAGAGUUGACGCUCUUCGCAUCUCGAAACGGCGCCGGGGGGGUGGUUUGAAGGUGUCACGUGAGCGUUGCAGCACGAAGUUGAAAGAUGGCCAGCAAAGACGAUAAAAGGCGAAGAUAGGCAAGCAGACAGAGAGGAGACGCUGAAUAUGUACAGCGGGCAGGUCAGUUGAGACGGUGAAAAGUGGAUGCUGAGACACUGAUCAUGGGCAAACUGCAUCAAACGAGAGCAACUACACGGCCAGCCGUCUGAGCAGGACCCAAUAUCAAAGGACCAACUAUAACUAGUUACCCAGUGCCAGGAGCUCCCUGCCGCAUUAACUAACUAACAAGCAACCAACAAGGGGCUAUACGAUCAAUAAAGGAUCCUGUCUCUCUGCUUUAUACGACUGAAAAAAAAGCAACACCAAGCGGGCUUGCAAUUGAUACCCAAAUGUCUCAUGAACACGCUGGUGGCGAGCGUACUGCUCCGUGGUAUGUAGUGCCGCCACAGGACGUUGUCAGCGUAGAACACCCAUGUGUUGUAAGAAACAUUGAUAAAGCCAUUGAUACCCUCCAAGGCCAUGCAGCAAUAUCAGAGAUGCUUGAUGCGUCAAAUCGAGACUCACCUUUGACUCUCAUGUUGAACCCGGAAGAUGUCAUGAGCAGGCCAAUAAGAUCUACAAGCAAGCAGACAAACAAUAUUCUUCUUAAGGUUACUGUGCUCAGGAGAACUGGGCGAAGGCGGAAGCGAGGUUCUCAGGACCCGUUCGUUGAUAGUCAUGAGGAUGGGGAGGUGACGCCUCUUAGCCUGCUAGAUGCUCGAGGUCUUCUUCAGCGUCUACGGGAAGAUGCCGGGUGCUACCAAGUAGAUGUUGUUGGCCAGGUUAAUCGAACUCAUGUUUUUAGAGGUGUGUUAUGUCCACGAAUUUUUCUUGUUGCAGCUUCAGCCUAAUGACUGGAUGUAGGACUGCCCGAUUUUGCAUACUCAACGACAAGCAGCCCGUUUAUACAAAAAUUCCGAGAGACGAUAUUACCAUUUGAGUGUAAGUUAUGAGUGCGUUCAGUUCGAUAAAUCGUAGUGUCUGCUGACCCUGUCUUGGAGACGAAAAACUAAAAAAGUUUGAAUUUGACCUUUCAAAAGGGGCUACAUCCAACGUCGACAUCAUCCCACCCCCAGCCCUAAGUAACAACGACGUAGCCUUCCAAUAUCUGUAAGCAGACUCCAUUACGUCAUAAUAAGACCCCAAAACAUGUUCUAACAAGUCCAUAGCUACCGACAAAACCCAACAGUGAAGCGUUCGAUUGACCCAUCUGGCCAAGUAACAACUGCCAACACCCAACGAAUAGUAAAGAUACCCACUCACCUUGUGUCUUACGACAUAUCGGCGGUGCCAACGGAACCACAACCAAACUGUCCACCACUGUCAGAUCAGGAUCCGACUGUCCACGACACUGUGGCUGCCUUGCGUGCACUCUUUAAUGAAAGACCAGCUUGGACUCGUCGUGCUCUUCGUAACAAACUGCCCACGCCUGAAAGAAAAUAUGCCCUUCGUAUCGCCAUUCCAUAUGUCGGCUACCUCUUCCGCUCGGGACCCUGGCGAGAUGGCAUAUUCAAAUUCGGCUUUGAUCCCCGAAUCUCGCCUGAUUACAGAAUCUACCAAACGCUCAUGUUCCGCCUUUUCCCAGUCUCAACGGAGACGGAGGGGCGAGAGCAGGAAAAUGACUCAAACGCGCAAUUCACAACUACCACCACCCCUCUGUCGGGAAGACGACAUACUCUUCCUCGCCUAUCAUUUGAAAACAACACUGACCCUACACUCGCUAGAUCGCAUAUCUGGACUGGCGAACCACCACUCUCCAAAGACGGAAAGACAUGGAUGAUAGUUGAUAUUGAGGAUCCAAUACUUGCCCGGCUACUAGAUCCUUCAUCUCCUGACGCUCAUCCGCCUAGGGAAAAGUGUGAUAUUUACUCCUGUGGAUGGUACGGUAACGUUACACUCUCAAUAGUUCGCACGAUAAUGCGUAUGAAGAUGACUAUGAUGAUGGAGGGCCGAACAGACUGGCCUUCAGAGCAGGAGUUAUUGCCUCUGCUGAGUCUGCCGAGCCAUGUAGAUUCAGAGGAGGAUCUGAAUAAGCUAACUCUGGCUAAGGAUGGGCUGGGACCCGUGCCAUCUCAUUUACUCACAGAGAUUCGAGCAGUGGCUCGCAACGUGCCGUGGAAAAUGGACAAGAUGAGAGAGAGAUUUAGGGGAGCUGCUGGGCCCUUCGGGAGGGGUGAAAAAAGAGUUAGAUGGGAUGAUCAGCCGGACGAGGAUGAAGAUGAUAGGGGGGGCGAGGAGCAGGAGCAAGAUCGGGACGAUGAUGAAGACGAUGACGACGAAGUAAUGGGAGGUUACGAUGAAGCGGAAGAUGUCGAUAUCGCAUUCCAAAAGGAGUAGUAAUGCCUCCGUCUAUACCAAGCACGUUUAGGUAGGAGCCAUGACUCGUUUUUAUAUUGAACGAUACAAACAUCAAAGCACGGGUAGUAAUUACACGGAGAGUUCAAACAUAUUACGCAGUGGCAACAAACCGUUGCAAAGUC